AUGGAGGAGUCUAUGGAAGUCACCACUUGCCAUGAGAACGUUCUCGCAGAUGAGGCUCUCUCCCAGUAUACGGAAGAAGAAAAGACGAAGGCAUUCCGAAAACUGGACUGGAAUUUGAUCCCUCUACUCGGUUUCCUUUACAUGCUGUCUUACAUCGAUCGAGGCAAUGUUGGAAACGCUUACACGGCCGGUAUGGGAAACGAAUGGGGCAUCACUUCCAACCAAUAUUCCUGGAUCAUUACCGCGUAUUAUCUGGCUUAUAUUGCUUUCCACUGGUUUAUUCUCCUUUGGAAAUUGGUUUCUUUACCGAUGUGGGUUGCUAUUGUUGCCUUUGGAUGGGGCGCCGCGAGUAUUCUCCAGGCAGCGACUACAAAUUUCGCAGGAAUCAUCGCUCUUCGGUGCUUGAUCGGGGCCUUUGAAGCUGGUUUCGCCCCUGGAGUUGCUUUAUUCCUCUCCUUCUUCUACCACCGAUCGGAAAUGGGCUUCCGAUACGGCCUCUUCAUCUCAUUUUCUCCCAUCGCCAACUGCUUUGCAUCUGCAUUGGCUUAUGGUAUUGUUCAUGCCAAUACCUCACUAUCCCAGUGGAAACUGUUGUUUAUUAUCGAAGGAAUUCCUACCCUCCUCGUCGCACCACUUGCCCUUAUCUUCCUUCCCAAGGGCCCGGGCGAAUGUCGAUUCCUCACAAAGAGAGAGAAUGAUAUCAUUCGUCUCCGUGCCCUCUCCGCCCGUGGGCAUGAGGAAAAGGGUAAGUUGAAUAUGAAGCAGGUUUUUUCUGCUUUCUACGACUACAAAAAUUACUUCCAGGCCAUCAUUAUCUUCUGUCUGAAUGCGGCCUUCGCUGCGCUGCCAGCUUUCCUUUCAACUAUCAUUGAGGAUAUUGGAUACUCCUCAGUUCAAGCACAGGGUCUGUCUGCACCACCAUACCUUGCCUCCUAUUUCGUUUGCUUGGCUUGCUCGUUCCUCUCCGAUAGGGUGAAGAACCGCUCUUAUUUCCUGAGCGCUCUCAGUACGGUAGGAGCUGUGGGAUAUCUGGUUCAAGCCCUUGUCAAAACAAGCGCCGUGCGAUAUUUUGCCACCUACCUUAUCUGCGGUGGUGUCUUCCCCGCUGUCGCUCUCACUUUCACCUGGGUGACUGAUAAUCAAGGCUCGGCCUCAAAGCGAGGUGCAGGAUUGGUCAUCUUUGGGAUGGUGGGACAAGCUGGUUCGAUUGCUGGCUCUCGCUUCUUUCCCAAGGAAGACGGGCCGUUCUAUGUCAGGGGAAUGGCCAUCAGUGCCGGCCUUUUGUUCUUUGUUGCCAUUCUCACCCAGGGACUGCGAUUCCUGCUUGACAGGGAGAAUAAGCGCCGGGAUCGUAUCCAUGGCACAGUGAAGACGACUGAUAUGUCGAACGAUGUGGCAAAUGCUGGAGAUGAACACCCCAGCUACCGCUUCAUGUUGUGA